AAUGAAUUCGGAUGACAUUUACGAAAAUCUACCGUGUCACACCGAUGAGGCACUGCGGAACGGGAACGGCACGACUAGUACCGGAACUCGUGCACCACGAGACACCGCCGACGACGAGAACGGUGAGGGCAAAAUGCAGAACAAUCUUGCUCUCAACAGCAAGGAUAUGUUGUACGCGACACCGUUAAAAAAAUCCGAGCGUCCUGGAAAGGUGCUUAACAACGGUGCGCAAGCGAUGCAGAAUGGGAAUAUAGCUGCAUCAUCCCCGGGUAGCAAACAGUUGUGCACCAACAGUAGUGCAGAAGCAGCAGAACGGGAUACAAAGAUUAUAAACGCAGAAUUGGAAGAUCGACGAAUACGGGACUUCCUGAAGGAUACGUCACAGAUGCAUAAAAAGAUCGAGCUUCACAAAACUUACCAAAGUUCGAACUUUUCCUACCUCGCGCGGAAGGAACACUUUGCCGAUUUGGUGCAGCGUAAUGUGAACGGCGGUAAUGGUGCUGCCGCUGGUGAGGAGGAUGAACCCGAUGCUACGUCCCUGGCGGUGGCAGGCAGUGGCUACAAAACGCUGGCGGGGGAGGAAGAGGACAAAAACUUAGAUCUCGAAAUGAACGAAUCGUUGAACGAGCUGGAGGCACGUUGUAAUGAGAAGCUUGAGAUGCUGGCGAAGCUGAACCGAACGCGAUCGAGUACGGCUACGGAGCAGCAAUCGCAGGAGGAUAAUGAACAGGCGGACCUAAUGGGACACGAACCGGUGGAGUUGGAGGGAAAUGCUGGUGUCGUACCGAAACCAUCGGCACCUCCACUGUCCGCGCUAAGCACGGAGCGAGUAUCGAAAAGCAACAACCUGGGUGAUCCUCUCGGAACGAGUGGUACGGGAAAUGAUGCAGUAAUCAGUGCACAUCUGAACCGGGAGUGGGUGUUGAAGAAAAUUGCCAUGUGUUUGGAGCAACGGAUCUCAAAGAAACCGGUACCCCCGGUACCAUCCUCGGUAUCGAACGAUAUUGUCACACCUUCCUCGUCAUCCGUACCAACGCCGGGUGCUGGAGGAUAUUUCGCUCGUAGCGCUCCGAGUGGAGCGGGUGGCAUACCACCUACGGACGGCGGUGGUGUUCACAGAGGAGGAGGAGCGGGCGGAGAAAAUGGACUACCUUCGUUAGGAUAUCUUGUGCUGGGGUCUAACGGUUCAGGGAAAACUUCAAUCUGCAACGAUAUCAUCGAGGGCACGUCAGGCACUAAGGGAAUGCUCAACCGUAGACUGUUGGCUUGCUAUUUUGUCAACUCACAGAACCCGGAAUGUCACAGCCUAAGUAUGUUUAUUCGGAGCGUUAUACUGCAGAUUUUGAGUCAUUCUAGCUACGUAAACAGCGUUGCGGGCAGCAAUAGUGUCACGGGUCAAGAGAUAAUCAACCUGUCGGAAACAUCGUUUGAAGGGCACGAACAACCGGUAAAUACUAGCAACGACUGUCUACCGGAGGCAGAUCAGCAACAGCUAAAGGGAGUAACGCAGACAAUACAUCAUUCCCCUAACGAUGGGCACCAAACAACACCACCCGCUGUCCAAACGGAUCGUGCCAAUGCGUCGAACGAAACGGUCGACAAAGAGCUGGAGGAUGCGAUUCGUACGGAAAUGAAGAUUAACGAACGGGUGGCUGAAUUUUGUUCCAGCCGCAAGAAAGUGUCCCGCCAACAAUCGGAACCGGUCGAAAGCUUUAGCCGCGAUCGUGAACAACCUUCCUAUCCGUACAAAACGCAUCCACCGCUGAUGGCGAAAGCGGGCGCGGCAGAUCCGAAUGAUGAUGGGGAGGAGAAGCUGGAUAAAGCAACAAUGAGUCCGGGCAGACCGGCCAAAGUUUCCAAAAUUCCCAUCGCAAUCGGUAGUACGAUAAGAAGCCCGAAGAAGAUGUCACCGACGAAGGAAGAUGGUGGCAAGCAGGAAAAGCUUUCGGAAACCGGUGAUGAAAAGAAACUGAUGGAACCCGAAGAGGAAAUUAUCCUUGAAGGUGGUGGUGAAGCGAUCGCGGAAGGAGAUGUAAGCGAUAUUAAGCUGCUGGAGGAUGAAGAAAUGAUUGAUGUGAAAGUUGGUGAGAGUGAGAAGGGUAAGAAGCCGUUGGAGUCGGUUACUACGACAGAAGAAAAGCAUCCCCAGAUACGGCCCACCAAACCAAUGGAAACAAGUAUACCACCACCGUUGCCAAAGUCGAAAAACUGUCGACAGGUAAUUGCGGACGGGUACUACGAAAUGUUGCUCAGCAAUCCGGACAUUUUCGAAUCGCUUACGGUGGACAGCAUUGAGAAGAAUCCGGACGAUUGCUUUAAGAAGGCGAUAUUGUUUCCACUGUUGGAGCUUUGUCCGCCAAAAAAUGCGCUCCUACUGUUGAUUGAUUCGAUCGACGAGAAUUACAUCCAGGACGGGAAUCUGAUAUCGACGCUGAAGGGCAAACAGGUGACCAAGAGCCGGAAUAUUGCGGAACUGCUCUCCAAUCACAUACAUCUGAUGCCGAAGUGGUUGUUUAUGGUGUGCACGGCUAAAAAGCAGAAUAAAAACAUCACCAAACUGUUUACCGGGUUCAAGAAGCUCACGCUGGACGAUCUGCGCAAAUCGCACGUAGUAAAGGACGUCCAGCAGUACAUAAUUAAUCGGCUAAAUACGGACUUCCGGGGCAUCAAUCUUACCAAAGACAUAAUCGAAAGUUUGAACCAGCUGUACAUUAAAUCGAACGGCUGCUUGCUGUAUCUGUACAAAGUAUUGAACGGUAUAAGAGAGAACUUUUUCACGUUCCGCGAGAUCAAGCUGAUACCGUGCACGCUAAACGGUCUGUACCUGUACAUCUGCCAGAAAUCGUUCAACAAGAAACAGUACAGCAAGAUACGCCCGAUCCUGAACGUGCUGCUCGUGUGCAACAGCUACGUGGACAAGUACUUCAUCUACAACUGCCUGCGGACGCACAACUACACGCUCGAGAUGGAGGACUUUGAACGGCGGCUUGAGUUAAUGCGCAAUAUCGUGGAGUACAGUCCGAUGAACCCGUGUGCCGUGCGGAUCUUUCACAAUUCGUUCUGUGACUGGUUGAUCGAUGUGAAGUUUAGCACGAAGAAAUUUCUGUGCGAUCUUAACGAGGGUCACGUGAUGGUCUCGAUGUACUACACGGUGGUGGCCGAUGAGAUAUGUCCGAACAAGCUUCGACUGUAUCUGUACCAUCUGAUCAAGACUGGUGAAUAUUUGACGAGCAAAAAUGUGGAUCUCGAUCUGUUGCUGAUACUGCUUGAAACGAAAUCGAACCUGAGCGACUGUUUCUACACUAAUUUGCUAAACUGUUGUGCGAUGUGUGAGGAUGAGUGUCGGAAUGAUAUCAAUCUGUCCGCACGCACAAAGUACAUGCUGGACCGGUUUUUGAACGGACAGCUGAACGAUGAUUUUAUGAUCUUUUUGAACGAUUUCUUUAAACCGAAUCUACCGACGGACUGCAAGGUGUUGAAGCUGCUGAUCGAGACGGGUAUUAAUAAUGCGGACACGGCACUGUCCUGCGAAUCGUCUGCCAUCAAUUCGCCGGUACUUUCGGAUCGAUCGCAAAACAUCGACUCGGAGCUGGCGGAGUUGUUGAUCUCGAGUGAAAAAAGUUGCCAGCAGGAGCUGCAGAAGUCUAUCAAUCUUGAGCUGCUGGAUUGUGGGGGUGGUGGUGCUGGAGGUGGCAUAAUGGAUGGACAUGGAGUGGGUGGAGCUGCUGCUAUUGGUGGUGUAUCGUCCGGAAUGGUGGCUCGUCAUCGGUAUAGUGCUGGACCAUCGAUUACGAGUGGUGGCGGUGGUGAUGGUGGCAGUAGUGCGCUGGGUGAUUCCAAAUCAGACAUACAGAACGAUCGCGUCGGUAGUGGUGUGCAGUGCGACAUGUUCGAGGGAGAGAUGCACAAGGGCAAGGCGUUGAUACACAUUCUGGCGAACGAAGGCAAUCAUACGCUGCUGGAACGAGCAUUGAAUGCAUGCAAAGAUCCAAUAGAUCUAGAAAUUGAAGAUCUCAACGGACAGACAGCACUGAACAUUGCGGCCCGAAACGGUCAUCAGGAGAUUGUAAAGCUGCUGCUCACGUACAAACAACCGCUGCGGGACGGGACCGGUCGAUAUCGUAUGAUUGACGUGAACCAUGCGGACCGUGACGGUUGGACACCGUUACGAUCCGCUUCCUGGGGCGGACAUACGGAGGUAGUGAAGCUGCUCAUCGAAACGGGCGUUUGUGCAAUCGAUCGUGCGGACAAAGAAGGACGCACGGCACUUCGUGCGGCAGCCUGGAGUGGUAACGAGGACAUCGUGAAGAUACUGAUCGAGGCGGGUGCGAAUGUGAACUCGAUCGAUAAGCAAGGACGCACGUCGCUAAUUGCCGCAUCGUACAUGGGCCAUUACGAUAUCGUUGAGAUAUUGCUGGAAAAUGGUGCGGACGUAAAUCAUACCGAUCUGGAUGGAAGAAAUGCUCUGUGCGUAGCGGCACUGUGUGGAAGCUCGGGAUAUAGUCGGGUAAUUUCUACGCUGCUAGAGUACGGUGCAAAUACGGAUCAAACGGACAACGAAGGAAUGUCGCCGCUGUUGGUGAGUUCGUUCGAGGGUAAUGCGGAAAUCUGUGAACUGUUGCUAGAGAACGGUGCCGAUCCGGAUAUGGCGGAUAACAUGGGCAGGACACCGUUGUGGGCCGCUUGUACGUCGGGGCAUGCGAAUGUGGUGAAGUUGUUGCUUUUCUGGGGUUGUGGAAUUGAUUGCAUGGAUUCGGAAGGCCGUACGGUGUUGAGCGUUGCGGCGGCUCAGGGGAAUCUCGAGACGGUUCGUCAAUUGUUAGAUCGUGGCCUGGAUGAAACGCACCGUGAUAAUGCCGGCUGGACACCGUUGCAUUAUGCUGCGUUCGAAGGUUACGCUGACAUUUGCGUCCAGCUGCUCGAAUCGGGUGCAAAGAUCGACGAGUGUGAUAAUGAGGGGAAGGCGGCGCUACAUUUAGCCGCCCAAGAAGGACACAAUGCGGUGAUGGAAGCGAUAUUGAACAUACAUCGGCCGUGCAUCGAUCAGCGAGCGCACGACGGGAAGACUGCGUUCCGGCUGGCGUGUUUGGAGGAACAUUUCGAGUGCAUCCAAACAUUGCUAAAGUUUGGUUGUGAUAUCAACUCGAAGGAUGCAGAUUCGCGUACGACGCUGUACAUUUUAGCGCUGGAGAAUAAGCUAAAGGCGGUCAAGUUUCUGCUCGAGUACUCUAAUGCCGAUGUAAACAUUCCGGAUAGUGAAGGCAGGACGGCAUUACACGUUGCCGCCUGGCAGGGGCAUGCCGAGAUGGUAAAGCUGUUGAUCACGCUCGGUAACGCCGAUGUGAAUGCGAUGGAUCUAGAAUCACGAACACCGUUGCAUUCCUGUGCAUGGCAGGGCAAUCACGAGGUGAUGCAGCUUUUGCUGUACUACGGUGCCAUACCGGAUCAUGCAUGCAAGCAGGGAGCAACGGCACUCGGAAUUUCCGCACAGGAAGGACAUGAAAAGUGUGUCAGCUAUUUGCUAAAGUAUGGCGCGAACCCGUACAAAUCGGACCACUGUGGACGGACGCCGAUUAAGCUAGCAGCUAAAUCGAAUCGAAACAAUGUGCUUCGUAUACUGGAAAGUUUUACCAAAAAUGAUUUGGACUGUGGUAAGGUGAUGCAUCCUCAUCUGAAUUUGAAAUCACCCGAUGAGCUACCACCGUGCAGCUCCAUACACAAUCCCUCACCAUCGUCUGGUUAUCCGAACAAUCCGAGUUUGUUAAUACCGGCCGGCGGCGGUGCUGGCGGUGGUAGUGGUGGUGGAGGUUCAGCAAUACUUAACGCAUCGUCAACCAAUUCGAACACAACCAGCUCUACAACGCAGAACAACAACUUUUACGAAAACACUAUGCACUCGGACACGAGCAGCCUGCAGAAGCGUAAAAGCGUCAUCUCUAGUCAAUCUACCGGUAGCAGUAAUGAGCAAGCACCGAUGUCGUUUACGCAGCAACUUCAAAAACAUUCGCGCCAUCAUAACUCAAAAUCGCAUCACAUUGUGCAGCAGCAGCAUCAACCGCAUCAUCAGCAGCAACAUCAGCAAACGUCCACCUCAUCGGUGGCCAAGUUUUCGAACAAAAAACAUUCCCAGGUACUGCCGAACGUCGAGGAGUACCAAUCAAAUAUAGCAUCAAACAUACGUAUAAAUCCGAACGAUGCGGACCUGUUCGAUUUGGGCUGCAUGUCACCGCUGUACGCUACGCCACCUCAUUCACCGAGCAGUGAAAUUAGCUCACCGGGACAGAAUCAACCACCUUCGUCGUUAGCCCUGCUCGGCAAGCAGUUUGAGGAGAUGAACAUUAGCCUUUCGAACAACAGUACGAUCAUGAACCCGCACGAUAAUCACUUUGCCCGUGAUACGCAUAUGCGCAUCAUUCUCGGCAACAACCAAAAGGAGGGCGGACAACUACAGGGAGCGAAUGGUGGGGCCGGUGCUGGAGGCAAAUCAUCCAAACGCAGCGGUAUUGCCACCAAUCCUGCAAUGCGCUUGAUACGCAACCGUAUCGAUUCGGCGGCACAGCUUAUCCGACGCACAAACAACAUGCUUUCCAGCGGCGGUAAUAACCAAGGUUCGUCUAGUAUCGGAGUCAAAUCGGGCACGUUCCAAUGGCGCAAGGAAAGCCAGAUGUAAUUGA